AUGACAAGUGUUGCAAAGAAUGUUGAAUCUUCUGAAGCACCCAAUCCUGCUACAUUGAUUGGGGCUGAACGUAAGGCUGCUGUUUUUAGCCCAGAAAUUAUGAACUACUUCUUGGAAGGAUCCAAAGAGAAGUCAGAAGAGGUGAAAAAAUUCAUCCAGCAAAUGGAAAGAGACCCUAUAUUAGCUGCUAGCUCAAAGGUUUAUGACUUGACUAAAGAACAACAAAGAGAGUUAACUGCACAAAAAAUUAACAGGGUGUCCAGAUACAUCGAAGUUGAGUCAUUCGAGGAGUUAGAAAGAAGACUUUCGUUGAUCAGUGUGUUUGACCCACAACUCCACACCAGAAUAGGGGUCCACUUAGGAUUAUUUUUGAGUUGUGUCAGAGGUAACGGUUCGUUUGAACAAUUGAACUACUGGGCUUUGACCAAAGAAGCGGCAUACGUGAAGAAUAUAUAUGGUUGCUUUGCUAUGACAGAAAUAGCGCAUGGUUCCAAUGUUGCCGGUUUGGAAACCACAGCCACAUUUGAUCAAGAAAAAGACGAGUUUAUCAUCAAUACUCCACAUAUUGGUGCUACCAAGUGGUGGAUUGGUGGUGCUGCUCAUUCUGCCACUCACGCAGCUGUUUACGCCAGAUUGAUUGUCCAUGGAAAAGACUACGGUGUUAAGACAUUUGUUGUGCCUUUGAGAGAUUCGAACCAUGACUUAAUGCCAGGUGUCAGUGUCGGAGAUAUUGGUGCUAAGAUGGGUAGAGAUGGUAUUGAUAAUGGUUGGAUUCAGUUCUCUGCUGUCAGAAUCCCAAGAUUUUUCAUGUUGCAGAAGUUCACCAAAGUCACUGCAGAAGGUAAGGUUACUUUACCACCAAACAAUCAGUUAUCUUAUUCUGCUUUACUUGGAGGUAGAGUUGUUAUGGUUAAAGAUGCGUUCAGAUGGUCAUCCAGAGUAAUUACCAUUGCAUUGAGAUAUGCUGUUGGUAGAAGACAGUUCAAGGCAUCUAAGGCUGGUGAAAAUGAUAAGGAAAACCAAUUGUUGGACUAUCCAUUACAUCAACGUCGUUUGAUUCCUUUGUUGGCUAUGACAUAUGCUUUUUCUAACGGUUCUAAUGUUUUGCAAGAACUUUCUCACAAAACUAUGGAUGAAUUAGAUGAUGCCGUAGCUGAAGACGAUAAGGCAGGUAUUGACAAAGGUAUUGAAGCAAUGAAGUCUUUAUUCAUUGCUUCUGGAUCCUUGAAAUCUACCUGUACAUGGUUAACUUUGAGCACUAUCGAUCAAUGUAGACAGGCAUGUGGUGGUCAUGGAUACUCAGCUUAUUCAGGAUUUGGUAAAAUCUACAAUGAUUGGGCUGUGCAAUGUACUUGGGAAGGUGACAAUAACAUUUUAGGAAUGUCUAUUGGUAAACAAUUAGUGAAGAGUAUUAGUAGUGUACUUCGUGACGGUCAAAAAAUGACUGGUAUUCUCGAUUUUUUGAAUGAUUCCAAGAGAUAUCUCAAUAAAGAUGUCAUUCUUCAAAAUGAAGAUAUGAAGGACACUAGAAAGGUUUUACAUGCAGUUGAAGUUGCAAUUAUUAGAGCGUCAAAUCAAGCAUUGUCAACUUUGGAUGCGCAUGAUGAAGACUGGGACUUUAUUGGUGCAAACUUGGUGCAAUUAUCAAAGUUAUUGGCCCACUUCUUCUUGUUGAAGGCUUUCCUUGAUAAAGUGGACUCCAUUGAAGAAAAGGAAUUAGUUCCUAUCUUGGACAAGCUUGCUCAAUUGUAUUCUGCAACUAUAAUAUUAGAAGAAUUCUCAGGUAUCUUCUUGACAUACUCAGUGGUAUCAACUGAAUCAAUUUCUAUCUUGACUGAUCAACAUAUUCCAAAAUUAUGUAAGGAUUUAAGACCACAUGUUAUUCCAUUAACUGAUUCUUUCCAAUUAUCUGAUAUGAUGAUCAACUCAUCAUUAGGUAACUACAAUGGUAACAUAUAUGAGAAUUACUUUAAGACCGUCAAGGAAGCUAACCCACCAUUCAAUCAUAAAGCUCCAUAUUCUGCUGACUUGGAAGCGAUGUUGCAAAGACCAUCCAAAGAAGAUAGACAAAGACAAGAAUACUCAGAUGAAGCUGAAGAAAUUUUGUCCAAAUAA